AAUUGAUCCGUGCUUCUCGUCGGCACCUAAUGUUUGCCGCUCAGCAGAGGACAGGGCUAAAGAUGGCCUUGACUCUUGCUGACAGAGCAGUGGGGGCCAUCAUUGGAGCGGCAGUUGCUGAUGCUGCAGCCCAGCCUCUUCACUGGAACUACCGACCGGAGAGGCUAAAGGAGCUUUUGGAUGAGCUGGAGCCGUCUCCAGAGUUUCGACCCGAGUCUGCCAACCCCUUUUACGUCAGGAAGACGGGGGAGCAGUCCUGCUAUGGAGACCAGGCCUAUGUACUGCUGGAGUCCCUGGUAGAGUGUGGGGGUGUGAAUGCAGGAGACCUCGCAAAGCGCACAUACAAGUUUUUUGGCCCAGAGACGGUGUACGACCUUCCUCUCAACAACCCUUACAGAGAGAAAGGAGGGCCCAAGGCUGAGCUUCCUAUUCCUGGGCCUUGGAGGCAUGGAAGCAUCAAAGGCUUCAUCAAGAACGUGGAUGCUGGCAAGGAAUCAACAGGCUGUGACGAUGACAACCAGAUGGAUGGGAUAACGAAGCUGGCCCCCGUAGUGGCCCUGUACGCCGGCAGGCCCGAGAUGCUAGAGAGGGUCGAGGACGCCAUACGUGUCACCCAAAACAACGACAUGUGUGUGGCUGUCACCCUGGUCGCAGCCAGAUUCCUGGAGCAUUUUAUUCUUAAUGGCCCAGAUCCCAAGGCCUUGGAUACUGUGUUGGCGCAGCUAAACGACCCAAAAAGGAAUAAUCCGCAGGAUCUAGACAAAGCAAUGGCAGCACACAUCCAUCAGGUCAAGGAGAACCUGGCUAAGCCUGCCCAGGAGCUGAUACCUGCCGUGUUCACUAACGCAUGAGGUUUGCCAGGUGCGUUCCAAGGCGCAUUGCACGGAGUCCUGACGUCCAGCCAGCUGGAUGAGGCGGUCCGGACCACCAUGCGAUGCGGGGGAUGCACCUGCAGUCGAUCCUCCUUCAUCGGGGCCUGCUUUGGGGCUCAGGUGGGCCCUGCGGGGAUCCCUGAGGCCUGGAAGAGCAAGACCCUGAGAUAUCCACUGCUGCUCCAGCUAGCCACCAAGCUCGUCAGCCAGAGGCCUUAAGAUCUCUCUUAUGCCAAUGUUACUAUGUUUACUUAUUGUAGUCAGUAGAGUAUUAUCUCCAGAGUUAAAUAAGCAGGCAAAUCAAAUUAUGUAAUGGAAUAAUUAACAUCAGAUUAGGGCCAGAAAUCAAUGAUUAAACUGAUUUUUAAGUAGUUCAUAAUGGAUUUUCUUACAAUGUUUCAGUCCCACAAUAGCACUGUAACGAAACAGCCAAUGAAGGUUUUGUCUUAAAGUCUUGAUGGACAUAACUUGAUGCUACUUUGUUUUAUCUCAUGUGCAGUCUGCUCUGAUUAUGCAUUUAAAAUGGGCCUGAGAUAUCCACCGCUGCUCCAGCUAGCCACCAAGCUCGUCAGCCAGAGGCCUUAAGAUCUCUCUUAUGCCAAUGUUACUAUGUUUACUUAUUAUAGUCAGUAGAGUAUUAUCUCCAGAGUUAAAUAAGCAGGCAAAUCAAAUUACGUAAUGGAAUUAUUAACACCAGAUUAGGGCCAGGAUCAAUGAUUAAACUGAUUUUUAAGUAGUUCAUAAUGGAUUUUCUUACAAUGUUUCAGUCCCACAAUAGCACUGUAACGAAACAGCCAAUGAAGGUUUUGUCUUAAAGUCUUGAUGGACAUAACUUGAUGCUACUUUGUUUUGUCUCAUGUGCAGUGUGCUCUGAUUAUGCAUUUAACAUGGGCCAAUACCACUAUGAAGACCAUCACUACUAGAAAACAUUUUCUGACACCGAGUACUUUUAUGUAUUUUGGCCGAGGACCCAAUGUGUGUAAAACGAAUAAAACCUACAUGAAAAAGUU